AUGAAGCCCGAUUUCAAUAUUAUUGCCACUCGGGCCCAUAGACCACUUCGCCCGAUAUUGCCUAGGUGGCGGCGACGGUUCAGUCCACAGCGCCACUCGGCUCUCGGCACCCGAUCCCAGGUGGAAACCGAUCCCGUAGCUAGCCGCCCAACUCUAGCUGCAGCGCGCAUCGCCUCGAACGGUUCGUCCCGAACGGCGCGGCCGGUAGCUAAAAAUAGUCGGGCCGGCUGUUUGUACGGCACUCGAGAUGCCACCGCUAAGUGGCUCCCUUAUCGGCGGCGGACGGGAAAAAACCUGGCGCCGGGCGGCCCCUUUGAUGUCUGUGGGAGCGCGCGAGCGGAUCAGCGGUUGGUGCCGCCCUGCCGAAUCCGACCCGAGGUGAGAAUUAGUGAGGGUCUCGUG